AUGGGGGAUUCAUUAGAGUCUCCAUCUUAAAAGCAUAUAAAAUAAGGAAAAGGACCCAAGAAUUCAGUUCAUUUUUAGGAUAUCAGUUAAAUAAACAAGAAGGAUCGAAGUAAAAUAAUGUAAAAUGAGACUGACAAAUUUAAGUACUUAUUCUAAAUUCCAAAUAUCAUUUCUGAUCCUAAGUUAGUAUAGAGAAGAAAGACAUUUGAGACGUUUACAAAAAAUGCUAACUUAGAUUUAUAUUAUAUGCACUUGAAGAAGGCAUCAGGAAUAGCAAGGAGUAUAUCAUAAAAGGCUGACUAUAAAGAAGUGAUAGCAAAAAUACACAAUAAUAAGAUGUAAGAUUAGUUUGUACAUAAAUUACACAAGAACAAAGGAUUAAUAUUAACAAAUGAGUUAUGGUCAAAUAAAUUAUUAAGUUAAGUAUCUGAUCAAUCUAGACUGAAAGAGUUAUCAUAAAUGUUAUAACUCUAGAAGAUUAAAUUAAAUUCAGAAGAAUAAUUAUAGAACUAUGAGUAAUACUUUAAGCAGUUUGUUAAAUCUAAAUGCUAAAAUGAAAUGGAAAUAAAAAGAGGAGAGGUGUCUAAAGCAUUUAAUGAUCUAGAUGAUUAAGUUACAUUAGAUUAGACUUACAAGGAUAGUCGUGUAUUAUCUACAAAUCAAAGUGUUCCAAUGAAAUAGACAGAUCAAAGUUUUUUUUCUAGGGAAAUAAUGACAGCAUAGAUGAGUAAGAAGAGAGUUGUAAAUUCUUAACAUAGUACAAUCAAAUUAGCUGAAUUACUUAAAUAAUCAAAUGAUGAAGUGCAUUCAACUUAGGAGGUUGUAAUAAAAUUGAGGAGAUUUACAAAGGAGGAAGCAGAUUUAUAAGAUAAGCCUAAGAAGAUUAGAAUAAGGAGAUUGUUUGCUGAGCAACUCAAUAAUGUAAUAAAGAAUUCAAAGAAAAUAAAUUGA